UUUGACUUUUGUCUCAACCUCUAAUGGACAAUCCAUUUUCUUUUGAAGACUUUGAAGCAUUUCCACCACUCGAAGCCUUUGACCAACCGCCGAAUCUCACGGGCAUACCUGACACCGACUUCUUUCCAUACAACACCUUGCCAGAUGCAUCACAACUGCCCCCCGAACUUCCACCACCAGAACCAGUCCAGCAGCCUAUCGUGGUGGUUGAAGAAGAGCCGACAUUUAGCCAACAAAUAGACACAUCAAGAGGAUCGCUGCAAGAACAAAUUGAAAAUGUGAACGUUUUGCUGAGUCUGAAUGAUGAAUUGAAAGAUGCGUACACAGAGUUUUUUGGGAAAAUCCAGAACGCACUCACCCAUCCCUAUCCAUACCUAGCUGCUCAGAGAGACGCUCAAAACCUCAAACGCAUCAUCGCCAAUUUCCAGGAUCGUGCAAGAGAAACCCAUCUUCUCGCUCUUCCUGUUGCGACGGGAGUACAAAUGACAACUCCAGACAUACGAACCAUGUCUAUCGAUUUGCAAGUGGAAAUACAACGAACCGGGGUUGCUGCAAAAAGAUUGGGGGAGGUUGUUGCGGCUGCUGCAGAGGCCGCACGGCCAAAUACUUGAAACUGGAAGAGCAGUGAUGAGUGUUUGUAUAUAAUAGAUAUUGGGCAAAAGGCUGUCUUGGAGGAUGACGACCUUGUUUUAUUGUUAAAUGUUACAUACGAAUAGAUUGACGACACACACCGGAUCUGCAGUGAUGGGGA